CGGCGCUCAUACCCCCACAGCAGGCGCAGGUUGGUUCUGCUGCUGGAAGGAAUCACCAAAGAGCACCACUCGCAGUUCGCUGGUCGACUCUGCGAAAGCUUUGUGCCAGACGAAGAAAACAGAACCACAAUAAAGAUGGCAGUGGAGGAACAACUUGCAAGGCUGGAUGCGUACCUUGGAGCCCAUUUGAACAGUCCACUAAAUCUCACGCUCUUUACGAUGCUAGUCAUUCAGGAUCCUACUAUAACAGAGACUCUAACCACUGCCACUGCACUGUAUGUUUUACUGACAAAAUUGGUCACUGAGAAGGUUACUGAAAGAAUUUCGCGCAAGGUUUGGGACCCCGACAUCGAGUACAAGAUUUCUCAGUUCGAGGACUACAACGACGGCCUGGCAUUCCGGGCCAUGAAGCGCCGCGAAUACGAGCUGCAGUCGGACACCGUGGAGUGCCUGCGAGGCAAGUGCCGUGAGCUGGGCCUUCCCCACGAGGAGCUCAUGUCUGCCUUCUUCACUGCGCGGUCCUGCCGGCGAGGUCUCUUCUCGGCCCUGGCCUACUCCUAUCAUCACCUCAGACUCCAGGAGUUCUACACCGCACGGCACCUGUACCGGAGCAUCGUGCACUCACAGAAUGCGGAAGAAGUCAUCCACUCGUACCUCGCCGAGUCCGUGGAAUGGAAGUCAGAACAAAGAUUUCAGAACGUGCUGGUCCAUCUGACGGGACUCAUGGCACGCCACAGCGAACACCUGGCCCACGUUCCUGGCCUGCUGAGCCAGGCGCACAUGCCCUCCACCGCGGUGGACCCACUGCUGGCCCACGUGGUGGAGGCGGGGUUGCACCCGCUCGUGGUGCAGGCCGCCGCCGCAGAGCUCCAAGCCCACUGCGAGGAGUGGGAUGGCUGGGUGCAGGUGAAGAACCCAGGCAGCCUGAGUGCCUUGGCGCCGGUCCUCGACGAAGCGCCGGAGUGUGUGAAAACACUGGCGCUAAAGGCGUCCUCACGGAGUCCUGCGGACGAGUCCCUGACGGCCGCCUUCCGCGCACUCUCACGAAAGGACGUCCGCCUGGUCCUCGACCUCCCGAACUUCUACUUCAGCGAUCAGGAUUUAUCGAUCACUGACGAAACCUUCCAUUUGAUUUCGGCGGCCGGCGAGACCUGCUGCCUGGAGGGCUUCCGCGGCCGCCUCACGCCCUCGGCGCUGCGCCUGCUGCCGCGCUGCCUCAAGGAGCUGCGCCUGCGGGUCGACCUCCGGCACGUCCUCGUGCUCAGCGACGUCCUGCCGCGCCUUCCCAACUUGGAAAUUCUGGGUUUGAAAUACGAGGAUCCCGAACGGUACGAAGUGGCCCUUCUGCCGCCGCUUCCCUUCUCUCACCGUAAACUGUGCUUCACCUUCACCCCCUUUGUGACGGACAGCGAGGACGACCUGCAGUGGGCGAGCGGGACCCUGGCCAGGCUGUGCUCCCAGAGGCCGAGCGGGAACUGCGCCAGCAUCUUCUUCAAAAACACAAGCCUCACGCAAACGGGCAUCAGGAGGCUCUUCGAGUUGCUGCACGAGAAGGGCGUCAGCGUGUCGCAGCGCCUGGAUAUCAGCCUGACGCAGAGACCGCGAGACAACGCGGAGCUCAGUGACUUGGCGUCUUCGCUUGGUCUCGGGAACUUCAUCUGCCACUCGAGCGCGCAGACGGCCAUAAUGUGAGCCUUGCCGCCAGGCGACGCACGGCAGCUUUCAGAUUUCCAUUAACCUGACUCAGAUGUCUGAAGAAAUGAAUACCGACGCACAAUACACAUGCCAGCCGGUUAAGUCUGGCACUGUACAUCGAAGUUUUAGAGCCGAGAGCGAUGCCUGGAAGAUGCCGAAGCGCAUGAUGUGGACGCGAUGGAUUCAAGGAAAGAGAAAUCACUGAGUGAAAACUGGACACCUGGUAAUGCUCGUUACAAUGAUGACGUGAUUUUAACAGAGUAGACAAGUCUUCAAUAGUGAACAAAUGCAGGGCUAGUAAUUUCAUAGCUGGAUUAGCUAUACCAAUAUUUUGCAUUGAAAAUAAAGUAAGUACACACAGACACACAUAUACGUAUAUAUACAUAGAUGCGUGCGUAUACACAAAGACAUACAUAUAUAUACACACCUAUAUGCUCAAACAUUUAUAUACAUAUACGUACAUAUACA